GGGAGAGGGGGAUAGUAGGAAUGCGGGGUCCGGGGAGAGGGGAUGUAGUGAAUGCGGGGGUUCCGGGGAGAGCGGAUACAGUGAAUGCGGGGUCCAAGGGAGAGCGGAUAUAGUGAAUGCGGGGUCCGGGAGAGGGGAAUGUAGUGAAUGCGGGUCCGGGGAGAGGGGAUGUAGUGAAUGCGGGGUCCGGGGAGAGCGGAUAUAGUGAAUGCGGGGUCCGGGGAGAGGGGAUGUAGUGAAUGCGGGGUCCGGGGAGAGGGGAUGUAGUGAAUGCGGGUCCCGGGAGAGGGGAUGUAGUGAAUGCGGGUCCCCGGGGAGAGGAGAUGUAGUGAAUGCGGGGUCCGGGGAGAGCGGGAUAAUAGUGAAUGCGGGGUCCGGGGAAGAGGGGAAUGUAGUGAAUGCGGGGUCCGGGGAGGGGAGAGCGGAUUAUAGUGAAUGCGGGGGUCCGGGGAGAGCGGGUUGUACGUCAGCAGUUCUGAAGGACAUAUAGUGGCGGCUUUGUGCG